AUGGUACGCCAUAAGAAAGACGGGUCCUCUUCCAAGGCCAAAAAGUUCUCUACCAAAUCGCGGCAUACGCCUCGCUCAACCCGAGAGCCGCGAGAAGGUGGCGAGGAUGAAGCUGUUUCUGAACGCCCGCCUUUCAAAGCAGCAUGCUGGGAUUUCGGUCAUUGCGACUCAAAGCGCUGUAGUGGUAAGAGACUCAUGCAUUUUGGUAUGAUGCGAGAGUUAGCCGUGGGUCAGAAAUUUCCCGGUGUAGUCAUCUCUCCCAACGCGAAACAGAUCUUAUCACCCGCAGACCGAGAAUUACUUGAACAGCACGGCGCCGCCGUGGUCGAGUGUUCAUGGGUCAGAUUACAGGAAGUUCCAUUUUCACGGAUAGGAGGGAAAUGCGAACGGCUUCUGCCCUAUCUUGUCGCCGCCAAUCCCGUCAACUAUGGGAGGCCGUGGAGAUUGAACUGCGUCGAAGCCCUUGCCGCAUGCUUUUGCAUUUGCGGUCACGACGACUGGGCCGAGAUCAUUUUGCAGCACUUUCCCUACGGUAAGCCGUUUCUCGAAAUUAACUCCCAGCUCUUCAAACGAUACGCCGCAUGUCAGAAUGAAGAUGAUAUCAAGAAGGCCGAAGAAAAAUGGCUCGCCAAGCUAGAGAAAGAGUAUGCAGACAGUCGACUCAACAAAGACGCUGCUGGAGGGGAAGACGACUGGGCUGGCGGGAAUAUGAAUAGGAGGGAGGUCUUUGAAUCCGACGAUGAAGAUGCUGAACAAGGUGAAGACACGGAUUCAAAUGCAGAUGAUGAGCACGGCCCUCUGCACCAAGGCGUAUCAUUGGAAUUGCCCCCUGAUGAGGAAGAUGAGGACGAAGAGGCCGAGAUGGCCGAGAUCCGCCGAAAAAUCCUGGCCUCCAAGCCAUUCACGGACAGCUUCCCCGCAGAACCACCAAAGAACGAUGUCCAGCAGUCAAACAACAAGGAAAUCGGUAACAGAAAGACCAAAAUGACACUUACUCCGACAGAACAGCCACAGCAGCUGGUUGAUUCGGACGCAGAAUCAGGGUCGGUCGAGGAAGACUACGACGACUUUGACCAGAUUGCGAAUGCGACGCCAGUGACUGACCGCACGGGGAUAGUUGCGCGCGAAAGGCAGAAGAAGCUCGAACAGGCAAGCGCAUCAUUUUCACGCACGCAGCUCUCGGCACCAAAAAGGUGGUAA